UUCUCGUCUCCAUCAUUGCCUGACGAAACCAAGCACAUAUCUUUUAUCUUUAUCUUUCUCUCGCUUUAUCAAACCGUCUUUCGUGUUGUGCUUUUGUGAUUGCAAUGGCGAGUUCCGAUGCUGAGCGCAGAGAAGAGGAGGAGAAUGUUGCAGGCGAGGACGAAGACACCGGAGCUCAGGUCGCCCCAAUUGUCAAGCUAGAAGAGGUCGCCGUUACCACCGGCGAAGAAGAAGAAGAAUCCCUCCUUGAUCUGAAAUCGAAGCUCUACCGAUUUGAUAAGGAUGGGAACCAAUGGAAGGAGAGAGGUGCUGGGACAGUGAAGUUUUUGAGACAUAAUGAAUCAGGGAAGGUUCGGUUGGUUAUGCGACAAUCAAAGACUCUGAAGAUCUGUGCUAAUCAUCUAAUUCUGCCGGUGAUGUCAGUUCAGGAACAUGCUGGGAACGAUAAGUCUUGUGUAUGGCAUGCCACUGAUUUUGCUGAUGGGGAAUUGAAGGAUGAACUUUUCUGCAUUCGGUUUCCAUCAGUUGAGAAUUGCAAAACCUUUAUGGAAAUGUUUCAAGAGAUUGCAGAAUCUCAAGGAAAGAAAGAGGAGAGCAAAGAUGCUACUGCUGCUGCUGGAUUACUUGAGAAGUUGAGUGUUGAGGAUGCCAAAAGCGAGAAAACUGGGGAAGAGGUUCCUGUUGCAGUCAAGGAGAAGGAAACUGAUAGCGAGGCAAAACCAGAAGCAGAAAAGAAAGAGGAACCAUCUUCCUCUGCGUAGGUCAGAGGACGGAAGUAGGUAUACUUGUCUUUCUAUACUCUGGAGUCUGGACUAUUGACCGUUGAGAUUAGUCGUUAGUACUCUUCCUGAUGGUUUGCAAAUGCAGAAAGUUUCAAUUGGUUGAGUACUGGAUUGGAAUGGUGUCGGGUA